CGGCCAUAGAUGUGUACACAUAGAAGACAGCUGCCUUCGCUUCUGCCGGAAGACGGCUCGGGCUGACAUUCGAGGAGCGUGUCUGCACUGUCAGAGACAAAAGAGAACAGAAAAAGAGAAAAGAAAUAAAUAGAGAAAGAGCGGUUGUAGAUAAAAAGAAGCCUCCUUUCCAGUACACACAAUCAUGCAGUAAGAUGUCUCAUGGCCUGCAGGUCAGGACUGUCCAUCUGAGAGGGAAAUCUUAGAAGAGAGGAGCAGACAUUUGUGGGGAAGGAAGAGUUUCACACAGAGCAUGGCCUCAGCCAAAGACAGUGGUGUGGAUAAAAGACCAAAGCACGUUAAAGAAGAGGACUGUGAGUGGGGUACACCAGAGGAUUUGUGUCUGAAGGUGGAGGACUGUGAAGAGAGAAUUUCCGUUUUUAAAGAAGAGGAUUGCAAGGGGGAGAUUGUCGAAGUUAAAGUUGAGGAUUCCGGAGAUUUCUUAGCUUGCCCUGAACGUCGUGGCUUUGAAACUGGGAAUGUCUUCAAGCAAGAAUUUUUUGAGGAGUCUCAGUCCAGUUUACAGUAUUGGGACCCUAAGGAGGGACAAUUGGUUACCCACCAGAAUACUGUGGAAUGGAAAUCUGAGUUUGAUGAAAAAAUCAAUAAAGGAGACAGGAGGGAACAAGAAGAGCAGCAGUCAUCGGGGAGUGUGGGAAUAAAUUUUCAUGAGAAUGGCAACUUCUUCCCAAAUUCAUUUGCUCAGACUUCUCUUCAGUUGAGACUGCACCACAAACAGGGCAAAGAGAAGAUGAAGAAAUCAACAAGAGGAACAGAGAACUUGACAGCAGCCUCUUUCCAGUGCAUCUCUCUUCCUGUGAGUGAACAUAUCGAUUCUGACCAACACCAAGAGCACGGCUCAGAUCAAGAGGCUUUGUAUGAUGGCCGAGACUACGGACAACCUUUUACAAAUAAGAUUGACUGUAAAGAUCUCGAGUCAAUUCAACCAAGACAAAAGCCAUAUUGUUGUUCUGAAUGUGGUAAAACAUUCCUCCAUAAGAAAAAUCUUCAGAGGCACAUAAUAAUUCAUACUGGAGAAAAACCUCAUUGCUGCUUUGAAUGUGGCAAACGAUUUUCUGACAGUUCUAAUCUCCAAAGACAUACAAGAAUCCACACUGGAGAAAAGCCCUAUGGCUGUGCUGAAUGUGGAAAAAGAUUCACUGACGGUGGGUCUCUACAGACUCACACAAGAAUCCACACUGGAGAAAAGCCGUAUCACUGUUCUGAAUGUGACAAAAGAUUCAUUAAACUUAGCUCUCUUCAGAGCCACAAACUGAUUCACACUGGAGAAAGGCCGUAUGGCUGCUCUGAAUGUGGCAAACAAUUUGCUGUCCGUAGCCAUCUUCAGAAUCACAGAAGAAUUCAUACAGGAGAGAAGCCAUAUGGCUGUCCUGAAUGUGGCAAAACGUUUUCACAAAGAAGCCAUCUUCAGAGCCAUAAACGAAUUCACACAGGAGAGAAACCAUAUGUCUGUUCUGAAUGUGGCAAACAAUUUCCCAGAAGUAGCUCUCUUCAGAGCCAUGAGAAAAUUCAUGCAAGAGUGAAGCCAUAUGUCAGUUCCAAAUGUGGCAAACAACUUCCCACAAGUAACAAACUUCAGAGGCAUGAAGGAUUUCAGCCUGAAGAGAAGCCACAUGGCUGUUCUGAAUGUGGUGAACAAUUUUCGCAAAGAAGCCAUCUUCAGUAUCACAUGCAAAUACACACUGUUCUGCAGUUAUGAAAGGGGCAGCAGAUUUUGCCAUAACAGUAUUCUUUCCAAUCACUUUUUCUGUUCUAAAUAUGGUAAAGGAUUCUCACUGUUAAAUAAUUUCCACAGACACUUCAGAAUCCCCUGUAGAGAGAAGCCUUAUUGUUGAACUGAUUGUGGUAAACGAUUCUCAAACCGCCAUGGAUUUAAUGGCCAAUAAAGAAUUCACACUGGUAAGAAGCCAUAUGUCUGUUCUGAAUGUGGCGAACAGUUUCCCAGAAGUAGCUCUCUUCAAAGCCACAAAAAAAACAUACAAGAGUGAAGCCAUAUGUCAGUUCCAAAUGUGGCAAACAAAUUCCCACAAGUAAACUUCAGAGGCACGAAAUAUUUCAUCCUGAAGAGAAGCCACAUGGCUGUUCUGAAUGUGGUGAACAGUUUUCACAAAGAAGCCAUCUUCAGUAUCACAUGCAAAUCCACACUGUUCUGCAGUUAUGAACGGGCAGCAGAUUUCCCAUAACAGUAUCCUUCCCAGUCCUUAUUUGUGUUCUAAAUAUGGUAAAGGAUUCUCACGGUUAAGUAAUUUAAACAGACACAGACAAGAAUCCCCAGUACAGAGAAGCCAUAUUGUUGAACUGAUUAUGGUAAACGAUUCUCAAGCCUCCAUGGAUUUCAUGGCCAUGAAAGAAUUCACACUGGUAAGAAGCCUCGUUGCUGUUCUGAAUGUGUCAUGUGUUUCUCACACAGCAGGAAUCCUUAUGGACACAUGACAAUUAACAAUGGAGAAGUCCCAAAGGAGUAAGUUGAAGGGGAGAAGAAUGAAGUAAUGGAGGAAGGAGUGAAAUUUAAACCUCCUAACUAUUCAGGUCUCAAUGAGUACCUUCACAUGGUGUAUAAGGCUGAAAACUCAACCUGCUUAAAAAUACUUCAGUGGCAUGGCAUAGUGGUAAAGGCUUCAGACUUCAAAUCCUGAGGUUGUGGGUUCAAAUCCCACUACUGACACUGUAUGAGAAUGAGCAUGACACUUGCAUCUUGAUGUAUCUUUUAAAAUUUAUAAAAAGGCCUGUUUACAGGGGGAUAUUAGAGUCAUGGGGGACUUUAACUAGCUGAAUAUUAACUGGACUAACUUUGUGUAAGAUCUUAAAUGGCAUCAAGCAAUUUCUGGUACAGAUAGAUGGUGUUGUAUUUCAGCCAGGGUCCCACCCAUGGCUGGAGUUCAUGUCUAAUUUUUGCCUAUUUUGUUAAUGUUUUAUGUUACUGAUAUGGAUUGUUUAGUUUUCUUGUGUCUGUGUAAUUCUGUAGGUUCCUUAUGUUGUGUGGGUGGUUCUCUAAGAGUUGAGGCCACCUGUCCAUCACUACAGGAGCCUGCCAUCAGCCCUAUAAAGGCUGAGGGAAACACCACAGUCCGUUGCGGUUCAUUGUAAAUGUGCACGUGGUGUGGUGAGGUUCUCUUGUGUUUUGUUUUGCUUUUGUGAUUUUUCUGGAUUUGUUUCCAUCUUUUGUUGUGUUUUUGGCCUCUUGGAUUUUGCAUUGGGACUUUGUUUACUUCUGGGAUUACCUGCUUUGAAGCCGUUACUUUCUCUGGCUUUUGCCUUGUGCUCCCUGGAGGUGAUUUUUUUAAAUACGGAGCUUUUUGUAAAAAUAAACCUUUUAUUUAUAAAGAU